AUGUUCGCAGCUAGGGAUCAAGAGAAUCUGAUUCAUGGUCAUCAACAAGUCGCUGCCUCUAAACCCCUCAAUCAAGGCACCAGAAGUUUACAGCCAAAGACGCCAGGAAAUAAAUUUCCGAAGACGCCAUUGAAGGUUCCAUUGAAUGAUGAGAAUGCGCCGGGAGGAUUGGGUGGGAAAGGAUCUGUACUUGGUACAAAAGGCAAGGGCUUAGGUGGAAAAGAUGCGACCUUUGAUAAGAAUGCUUUUGUUACACCCGUGGGUCCUCGCAAUCGAGCUCCCCUUGGUAUGAAAACUACGAAUGCGAAAACUAAGGUAUUCCAAACUCCCGUAGGUCCCGCACCUGAGAAGGAUCUCGAAAAGACUGUAUCAAAACAAACGAGUGCUCGCAGACCCAAGCAUAAGGUUUCGGAGAAGAUUAAGAUCGAUGUACAUGGAGAUGAAAAUCCUCUAGAUGAUGUUGAAGUCGAAUAUAUGCCACCAAGAUCCAAGGAUUUACCAUAUGAUUCAGAUACUUUCCCUACUGGUUGUCUCAACUACGAUAUGCUUAAGUCAGAAAAUCUUACCAAAGGAGCUCUCGGCGAAUUCUAUAACACCAAUGAUAAGAGUGGAAGAUCAAAACUUGAGCGAGAUUUAGAAAUGUCUUCAGUGGAGCGCGCGAAGAAGACGGAUGCACAAAUAAUGGCAUCAAUGGAGGAGGAUUGGACUGUUGGUGAUGUCCCUGAAACAUUCAAAAAUUUGAAAAGGAAAGCAUCAUCGAAGCAAACCAAAGCUACAGUUUCCACAGAUCAGAAACCAAAGGGUCCAGUCCCAACCAGAGGUCCUUCAGCAAUCGCAUCUCGUCGAGCAGCAUCCGCUUUGUCAACUCUCCCACGAUCUGCAAUGGAGCCUUACAAGAGACCAUCAACAGCAAUUCCAAGACCAGCUUCAUCACUUUUGAGAGGUAGAAAGACACCAACUUUUGCUCCUAUUACAAACAACACUAUGCGUGCCACAGCUGCCACAGCCACAUCUAGAAGUACCAUUGGUUAUACCAAAGGCAGAUCAGCUUCUAACGUUCUUCAGAAGAAGGAUGCUCCACCUCUCACACUGAAGAGAACGAAUACUUUACCUCGCUCGACUAGCAAUCUUUCCCAUGACCCAGAUGGUACCAUCACUCCCGCCCGUUUUGCCCAGAAAGAAAAUGUGUCGAAUCCAGAGUAUAAGAAAUUGGAUUUCUUGAGUGCCUUUGAGGUUGACGAUGAGGACUUGGAACCAGCUUUGAAAUGUGGUUUGCCAGAGUGUUUGAUUAAAUUCGAUGAGGAUGAAGAGGAUUUUGUUUUGACAAUUGGAGGUACGGAAUAG